AGGAAGAAUACAACUGCACGGCUUUAUUGUGUGCGUUGGCGUCGUGGACCAAUUAGCCAAAUGCUGCGUUUCGGUCCGAGGUCCGGUGCACGACAACCCCUUGGCGUGCGCCUUUCUUCUGUCUGCUCUCGAGUUCCUCGCCGCUCUUGCAGACCAUUGCUCGGAAGAAGGAGACUCCACGCACCUGAUUACCACUCUGUACGGAACCGAGCUAAUGGGGGCGGUUUCUAUGCUUUACGGCACACUGUUACCACCGGAGUCAGCGCCCCGCACGGAAGGCCAACCGCCCCCAAUAAUACCGGCCCUUUGUCUUAAUCUGGCGACCGCAACUUUCAAGCUGCUAAGGAGGGUCGCCGAAUUGGAUUUUAAAAAAUUUCAGGGAGUUCUCGGCGCCGAGGGAAUUUCCUUACAAUUUCGGCACAUCGCUAGUCACCUUAUUUGGUCCUGCACCUCGCCGACGCUACCGAAACCGUCCAACGGAAGUAAGGAUAACACGAAAUUACUGUUGGAGGCGCACCAGCAACUGCUGCACGAGGUUAUUUACGUUACCGGAUACUUUGCGGUCGGCGACCAAGAUAAUCAGGGGUCGAAGUAA